CACAACAAUCCAACACAACACCACACACGUUACAAAAGAGAACCACCCAAAAUGCCUGAAAUCAUCGACGACAAAUCCCAACACUGCAUCCCCUUCCUCCUCGAGCGUCUCAAAGCCCACCAAGCCCGCUUCAACCACGACCCCGCUUCCACCCCGCCCUUCUUCCUCGGCCUCAACGGCGUCCAAGGCGCCGGCAAGACCGUCCUCGUCUCAACCCUCAACUCCAUCCUCCGCUCCCCACCCUACUCCCUCGCAGUAGUAACCCUCUCCCUCGACGAUCUCUACCUCCCCCACGCCGCCCAGCAGCGCCUCGCACAGGAAAACCCCUCCAACCCCCUCCUUCAACACAGAGGUCAACCCGGCACGCACGAUCUGCCGCUCGCGCGCUCCGUCUUCGCUUCCCUCCGCGCCGGCGCCCCCACCGCCAUCCCGCAGUAUGACAAGUCUGCCUUUGCGGGGCAGGGCGAUCGCGUCCCUGAGGCGCGCUGGACGACGGUCAAUGGCGAGGGCGAACCCCAGGUGAAGGUUGUCAUCUUUGAGGGGUGGUGUGUGGGGUUCCGUGCUUGGGAUGAGCUCGUCUUGCGUCAGAAGUGGCAGGACGCGGUCACGGCGAGGGAGAGUGAGGGGAGUACGUAUAAUGGGCGGUUAGGAGCCGUUGCGUUUGAGGAUGUUAGAGCUGUGGACGAGGCGUUGAGGGGGUAUGAUGUUAUUACGGACCAACUCGACGCUCUAAUCCACAUAGACGCCCAAGACCUUCACUUCGUUUACGACUGGCGCCAACAGCAAGAGCUCGGUCUUCGAGCCACGAAAGGCACCGGCAUGACACCCGAGCAAGUCACCCAUUUUGUGGACGGCUAUUACCCUUCGUACGAACUGUUUACCGAAACCCUUCGUCAGGGAGCUUUCAAGCCUAUCCCUCAUUCGACGACGGCGGGGGCGCCUGCGACAGGCUGGGAGGGGAGACAGUUGCGGUUGGUUGUUGAUAAGGAUCGGCGGGUGCAGGAUGUGAUUCGGAUUUAAGGUUCACCGAUAAUCGCAGACGAAAAAUACGAUAGAUAGAUAGAUCCAUGUUAGAC